AUGAGGUUGCUUGUCCGGGCUGUCGUCGCCGCGGGGCUCGUCGCCGGCGCGCGCAUCCUGCAGACCAACGAGGAGGGCUGGGCCGAGCAGAACGUGCGCCUGUUCAACGACGCCCUCCGCGCGGCCGGGCACGACGUCGUGCUGUCCUGCCCGGCGUACAACUCGUCCAACCAUGGCAUGUCCGACAAGGAGCCGCGGCCCAGCCAGGCGCCGUGCCACUACAACAGCUGCCCGGAGAGCUUCGCCGGCACGGGGGCCAACGCCUCGCGCCCGGACCUCAACUGGGUCAGCUCGUACGCGGUGACGGCGGCGCGGCACGGCAUCGAGCGCACCGGCCCCCGGCUGUGGGGCGGCGCCCCGCCGGACCUGGUCGUCGUGGGCCCCGGCGUCGGCCCCAGCACGGCCCUCGGCAACCGCCGCUCGUCGGCCGUCGGCGCGGCCUGCUACGCCGCGCGCCGGGCCAAGGUCCCCGCCGUGCUCUUCGCCGGCGCCAACCGCCGCGGCCACCCGUGGAACGAGCCGCCCGCCCUGGACAGCGCCGUCUUCGCCCGCGUCGCCGCCAACGUCACCCAGGCGCUGGUGGACGCCGGCCCGCCGCCCCUGCUCCCGCGCGGCGUCUACCUCAACGUCAACAUGCCGCGCGUCGCGGCCGGCGGCUGCGCCCGCGCCGACGACGUGCGCUUCUACCUGACCCGCACGGGGUCCGGCUUCGCCUCGGCCCGCGACGUCGCGUGGUGCCGCGGCACCCGGCUGCCCACGGAGAUCUGGAUCCAGAACCAGAUCCCGUGCGCCGUGUCGCUGACCGUCGUGGACGCGCUGGACCUGUCGACCGCGCCGGCGAAGAAGCAGAAGCUGGUGCUGGACAGGCUGAGGCCGCUGCUGAGCUGCUUGCCUUGA